AUGUCUAAAAUUGCUAAAGAGUGUUCAACGCCAACUGUUUCACGUUUUAGUGGAGCACCUGGAAUGGAUCCAAAGUAUAUACCUGGUGUAAAAAGUGAAGGUAUUCCGUUGCAAACACAACCAUCGACAAGUCUCGGCGCCUCGGCUGUUUCCUCAGCUAUAUACCGGGAUUUCUUUGUACCAACAGCUUCUGGAACUACUGCAUAUCAACAUCCCAUGCAUAGCUUUUUCUCAGGAUUUGAGUUUCCUCGAUCAGCACUGACCAGUCAACAACCUGAGUUAAUGCAACCAACUUUUCCAGCACAUGGAUUUACCACAGCAUCAUUUGUCGACCCAAGUCAUACUCAACCACCAUCCGCUCACCAACGAAUUGUGGAAUCAUUUUAUCAUUGUGUACAGCCUUUCAAACGACUAUUGUUUGCUGCGUUUGAAGUCGGAAAUCGUCAAAAUUUAAUAAAUGUUACAGAACAGCCUGCCACGCCAUUUCAAUUUUCGUACAGUACCGUAGUACCAGCGGCAUUGGCCACAGAACAACGACGUGCUAGUCAUCCAUCACUAAGUAAUGUAAGUGAUGUAUUUGGGAGUGGCCCAUCAGGUUUACAAACUGUCACUGCUGCCAAUGAGUCAUUAUCAUCUGAUAAACUUUGUGCGGUUUGCAAUGAUCGCGCAGUAUGUCAACAUUAUGGUGCUCGAACAUGCGAAGGAUGUAAAGGAUUCUUUAAACGUACAGUACAAAAAAAGGCACAAUAUGUAUGUACGGGCAACAAAAAUUGUACAAUUGAUAAAAGAUUUCGUAGUCGAUGUCAGUAUUGUCGUUUUCAGAAAUGCAUCGCUGUUGGAAUGGUGAAAGAAGGCAAGCUUUCUAUUGUUCGAUAUGGAAGCUUAUCAGGACGUCGUGGCCGUUUACCGUCUAAGACAAAAGUUCAGCAUUCUGAUGAUCCACCAAGCCCACCACUACCAUUACUAACACAUAUCAAUAAGGCAUUUCUCGAAUCAAAAACAAUUACCACACCAAGCAUUUACAAUGGCAGCGUAGAACAGCUAUUAUCUGCGUUGGAUGAGGAAUUCCGUUUCAUGCUAUUAUUCGUGGAAAAAAUACCUAAUUCUUCUGAGGUCUCGCAAAGUGAUAUCACAAAACUGAUUGAACGUAAUUUCUUCGCCUUACUUGCACUGAAACUUUGUUACGGGUGGACUGAAGGUGACAGACUACAUAUGGAACAAAUGGAUGUGGAUAUAGCAAUGGUACCACAACCUUUGAAAUUAUUAUUCAGUCUAAUUCAAGAAGAGGCUAAGCGAUUUCAGCAUCUUUUACAGUGGGAUCCUUCAUCGUUUUCAGCGCUGCUUGCUUUGCAGUUUCUUAAUACGAAAGAAAGUAGUGGUGAAUCGUUAAAUUCAGAUGCAGCAGUUGAUAAACUUCGUGGUACUAUUACUAGCGCACUAAAAGAUCAUUGUUGCAAUUCAUCUCCGCCUCAUACCAAAAAAUUGCAAACAAUUAUCGCUCAGAUCGAAGUAUUCGGUAGAUUUCAACGGUUGGGUUUAGAAACAUUAUCUCUUAUUGUGGCAUCUGGUGUACGACUGCCUCCAUUUAUGUCUGGAACUAUCGAGAGUGGUCAGCAACUUCCGGGACCAUCCAAGUUGGAUUUUAGCGAAUUUUCAUUUUGCGCUUAA